AUGCAGAAGCUGAAGGAUACUGUUAGACGCCUAGAAGAAGGUCUCUUUAAAUCUUCUCACACAAAGGAUGAGUAUAUGAAUUUAGGCACAUUGGAGUCCCAGUCGCAUAGUUUGAUCAAGCGUCCAUCGCCUAAUAAUCCAAAUCCAGUCAAUCCUGAUGCAAUGAUAAUAAUGAUUCCAACCCCUGGAUUGCCGCAUAAUGGGAGUUCGACCAUGAUGGCAACAUCUUUUGUGGAUGCCCCUAUUAGUUAUAUGGCUGGGGGUAGCAACAUGCAGCCAAUGAAUGAAAACACAAGAAGCCUUAUGUCGAGCCUUAUGCCUAACAGAAUGUAUCCAAAGGCAUGUGCUCUCUAUAAUUUCUUGUUAUGGUCAUCUGCACUGGUGCUUGGUGGUAUUGGGUGUGGUUUGUUCACUGUGGAUACGUCGGGGCACUUAUCUAGUCAAUCAGGCAUUAAGUUGCCUGGGGUGUCCCAGCAAAGUGGUAAUGUUGUCCUGAAUUUAGUAGCUGCAGGCAGUGGUGCCUCUCAUGCUGUGUUGAGCGUGGACACGGAUCCUCUUAGAGCUCAGAACUAUAUGCAAGACAAGAUCUUUGUUCUCUUAGCACAGCGACAUCUACAGCCAAUUAAUGAUUCUCAAAUGCAGAAGCUGAAGGAUAUCGUUAGACACCUAGAACAGGGGGCGUUGGAGGGAAAGGUCGAGGACCUGUAUAGGGAGCUGAGGCUGGUCCAGGGCUUGCUGAGGGAUGCGGAUGCGAGACGAGAGCACAACGAAGCUGUUGGAGAAUGUGUCGCACAACUCCGAGACUUUGCCUAUGAUGCCGAGGAUGUCAUCGAGAGAUACAUCCUCAAAGCCUCGCUGAAGGAGGGACAAAACAUCAUCAAAGCGUAUGCUUGCUUCAUGGCGAAGUGCUCGUGCGUGCAGGUUCAUGGGGUGGGGACAGAGAUUGAGGGCUUAAAAUCCAGAAUUUCCGAUAUUGGAAGGAGGAUGCAGAAUUGUGGCAUACUAUCUGUGAGGGAAGGCGAACGCGAACGAGCGAGAGCUUUGAUGCCGAAACGGACUUAUGACCAUAUCAAGGAGGAUUUUGUUGGGAGGGAAGAUAGUAUUGAGGAAUUGGUGAAAGAGCUGUCGAAUGAUGGAAAAAAGCAGAGAGUUAUUUUUAUAUGGGGAAUGGGUGGUCUGGGAAAGACCUCACUCGCCAAGAAAGUCAUCGCUCAUGACAAAGUGAAGAACACUUUCGAUGGUAUCGCUUGGGCUUGUGUAUCUCAAGAAUAUCAUCCGAAGGAUAUCUUAGUGGGAAUUCUUGUUAAAUUGAUCCCUGAUCAAAGAGAGAGGGUUAUGAAGAUGAUGGAUGAUGAAUUGUUCAAAACUCUAUACGAGAUCCAACAAGAGAAGAGAUGUAUGGUUGUUCUUGAUGAUAUUUGGACCAAAGAGGCAUGGGACAGUCUUCAAGCCGCAUUCCCGAUCAAAAACAUGAGAAGCAAGCUAUUGAUAACAACCCGCAAUAAAGAAGUAGCGGAGUAUAUCGAUCCUCAAGGUUUAUUCCAUGAACCACGGUGCUUAUCAAACCAAGAGAGUUGGGAUCUACUAAAGAAGUGGGCAUUCCUCGAAACAAAAGGAUUAGCUGAUGAAAUUUCUUCUUAUGGACCUGGAGUUGGUCAAGGUAUUGUUGCGGGCCAAGCUGUAGAAGGUAUCGCAAAACAGUCAGAAACGGAGGGACAAUUACUAGUAAUCACCGAAGACAUGAAGAACUUAGCAUAUGAACUCCUUAAGAAGUGUGCAGGAUUGCCCUUGGCUAUCAUUGUGCUUGGUGGAUUGCUGGCCGUCAACGAGUGGAAGACGAUUCACGAAAAGAUCAAUUUGCAUUUUAGUGAUAAGAGUGACGUAUCAAAAGUGUUAGCCUUAAGUUAUGACGAUUUGCCAUGGCAUCUAAAGCCAUGCUUCCUCUAUUUGAGUAGCUUUCCUGAGGAUGUAGAAAUCCCUGCAACCAAAGUUCUUUACAUGUGGAUUGCUGAAGGCUUUGUGUUGCUGAAUGCAUACGACAAAGAGAGAGAAAUUUCAAUGGAAAAGGUAGCGGAGCAAUAUUUAACGGAGUUGGUUAAUAGGGGAAUGGUUCAAGUGCGAUUCAAAUUAAGUGGAAAGAUCAAAAGCUACCACCUCCACGACCUGAUGCGAGACUUAUGUGUCUCCAAGGCUCUACAAGAGAGUUUUCUAAGCAUUCUUAACAUUCAACAGGACAAUGAGACAGAGAAUUGUUCCGCUUCAAUGGCAACAAAAGUCAAGUCAAGUUGCAAAAUACGAAGGCUUUCUCUUAAUAGAAAUGUGAUUCCGAGCUUAAAAGCAUCAAGAAGGACUCUGGUCCACCUUCGAACUCUCAUGUCCUUCGGAGGUGUCGAAUGGGAGUCGAAGCAAUUUCAAUCUAUUUUCAAAGACUAUAAGUUUCUUAGAGUUUUGAAACUAGAGAACCUUCAUGUGAUGAGAAGCUUACCUAAAUCAGUGGGAGACCUAGUCCAUUUAAGAUUCUUAAGUUUAACAGAUAGUAGGUUUAAUGGCUUGCCGCAAUCUAUGGGGAACCUUGUAUGUAUGGAAUUCUUGGACCUGCUUGUAGGAGAAUGGGUUAGAUUUUGCAUGCCAAAUGUGUUGUGGAAGAUGAGAAGGUUGAGGUAUCUCCGUCUUCCUUACGACUUUGAUGUCAAGGAGAAAUUCCAUGGGGCCUGGAAGAAGUUGCGGUUGGGCAUUUUAAAGAAUCUACGGACAUUGAGAAACUUUGAUCCGAAGAAAUGUGAUGUGAACGAUGUAGGCAAGCUUACUAAUCUGGAAAAACCGGUUGUCUUGGACAAGUGA